GAGAACGAACUGUGGCAGGUGAAGAAGGCGGAUGUGAUAGUGGCGAAGAAGGUGGUGUGAAGGAAGUCACUAGAAUUUGUUUGGAUUAUGAACUGGCCAAAAUCGAUAAUCCAAAUUCGCGAUUGCUUAGCAGUCGCACAAUCACCAUUCCUCGAG